UUGCCAACACUAGUAGUGACAGAGAAUAAGGACUGGGGAGAUUGUAUUUUGCCAAUAAUAAUUUAAAAUAAAAAAUUUAAACACCACACAGUGAUUAUAUCUUUUGCGGCUAUAUUUAAGUAGUAUAUACCAUCAACACUUACUAUGAUGGAUUCCGAGGUAUUGGCCGUGCAUGACGACGAUUUAGAAGAAGGAGAGCUUUCGGAUGCAUCGGACGACGUUUACACUCCACUUCAAAGGCCAGUCCAAAUAACUACACCAAUACCCGUUCAAUACGUGCGAACUUCAAGCAAAAUGGAAGAUGACUUUGUCGAAACACCAAAUGUUAAUGCCAAAACAAAUGACAUUGACGAUGAUGAUGAGUGUCAGAGUGAUGUGUCGAGUUCUUCAUCAGAAGACUCAUCGGACACCUGCUUGGCAAAAGAUUAUAAGGAAAAGAAAAAGCAACAAAAGAAGCGUGUCAAGCGCACAGUUAUGGUUCGUAUCAGCCCCACAAAUGAUAGCAGUGAACAAAAAAGGGCACGUUUCAAAAGAUACGAUAUUUGGACAGCCGCCUUACAGGAAGAUGCUCUGACCGAAAAUAUGCGCGGCUGUGAUGUCACACAGAACGGUUUCAAUGACCGAAAUGUCGAGAAUUAUGAUUUCUCUUUACAUUAUCGCCUUAAUGGCGAGAACAGCUUAAAGCGGCGACUGUCCGGAGAUGAUAUCUCCGAUAGUGAUCAGCAACAACCGCAAAACAAACGUCAACGACCAUCAAGUCGUGGAGAAUACCAUAGCCGUUCUUCGUCUUCAUCAAAAAACUCUGUACACGAACGGCUGGGUAAAAGACGCAAUUACCGCCGUUAUUCAUCUACCAACAGUGGAUCAGAUACAAAUUCAUAUGAACCCCGUCAUAUUGAAGAUCUUGAAGAAAUCGGUGACAGAGAUGGCGUGGAAGUAGCUAAAGAAAUAGCAUUAAAAUUACAUGAGGGAAAGGAUGAUUUGCUAGUGAGAAUAGUAGAAGUUCUUGGAACGGAAAUACCUUUGAAGGUAUUCAAGGAAACGCAACGCAUUGAAGCAGAUGGAGGAAUGACCAUAAAGAAUGGUCAAAGACGUCGUACGCCUGGAGGUGUAUUUCUUUUUCUUAUAAAACACAAUGACACCAUAAGUGCCGAAGAUCAAAAGGCGAUAUUCUCUGAAGAUCGUUUCAAGGCCAAUAAGAAAAAUAAAGACAUUAAAACAAUAAUGCGAGAGCGAAAAGUAGAAGAACUAAAAAAACGCCUUAGCGAACAAGGAGCAGAGUUGAACUCACUUGCAACGCGCAAAGAUCUCAUGUUGAUGGGCGAAGAAUUGUUGAAAGAGCAAGAAAAGGGCAAUUUAUCAAAUCCUCCACCUUCGCCAGAAGCCUCUGAGAAAAGUCCCGAAUACAAAUCACUACCCAUAAAUCUUGUAAGCAAUGACACAGUGGAUCUUACAGAAAAGCCUUCGACAUCACAUGCAGCAGUGGCUAAAGAGUUGCAAACAUAUGAAGAUGAUUUUCUGGAUGUUAAUUGUGGAGACAUGGACUUUUUCUAAAAGAGAAAAAUAGACACAUAUUUAGGCAAUUUUAACAGUGUACAGCACUCGUCUUUUUUUUUUUUUUUUUUGAAAUGCACGAGAGUGCGUAGAUGGAAUAUUUACGAAAAACUGAAUAUUUGUAACAAAAAUAUUGUUAUUGCAAAAAACGAAUCAUUAACGAUAAUUGAAUUUUAUAAAUAAAAAGGAAUGCAAAAUA